GCUGGCCCAAAAAGAUUGGUCACUACUCACCUUUAAGAGCCCUUCAAACGCCGCUCACUCUCUCAAGCUCUGCUCUGAUCGCCGAUCAUGGAUUGUCUCGUCAGCUCCGGAAAUCGACCGAAGAUCAUGGUGACCAACGACGACGGGAUCGACGCGCCGGGAUUGCGAGCGCUGGUUCAGGUUCUUGUUUCCACCAAUCUGUAUGAGGUUCUUGUCUGCGCGCCUGAUUCGGAGAAGUCGGCUGUUAGUCACAGUAUUACUUGGAUUCAUGCUCUUGCUGUGAAGCGAGUAGAAAUUGAGGGAGCAACAGCUUAUGCAGUUUCUGGAACUCCAGCUGAUUCUGCCUCUUUGGGAAUCUCAACCACACUCUUUCCUUCAAUUCCUGAUCUGGUAAUCAGUGGCAUAAACAUGGGUAGCAACUGUGGCUAUCACAUUGUUUACUCUGGGACAGUAGCUGGUGCUCGAGAAGCCUUCCUUAAUGGCAUACCUUCUGUCUCUGUAUCAUACAAUUGGGUUGCAGGUAAGAGUAACGUUCACGACUUCAAACUGGCUGCGGAGGCUUGCUUGCCCAUGAUAAGUGCAGUACUGUCUGAGAUCAAGAAUCAAAGAUAUCCUGAAAGAUGUUUUUUGAAUAUAGACCUUCCUACAGAUGUUGUAAACCAUAAGGGGUAUAAAUUGACUAAGCAGGGAAAAAGUAGGGCCAAAAUGGGAUGGAGGCAAGUUACUUCCAACACACAAGGCAGAAGAGUAUUAUCAACAAUGACAAUGGACGCGAAUCCAGAAGUUUGUACAGAAAUGGAUGCAUCACCUAGAUCAGGGGAGCAUCUUUUAUUCAAGAGAGAAGUAAGGGGAGCCCCAGUUCUUGAGGAUGAUACAGACUACCAAUGUCUUCUGGAAGGAUAUAUAACUGUCACUCCACUGGGUGCCCUAUCUCCUGCUGACAUUGAUUGCCAGGCCUACUUCAAAACGUUGGUGCCAGGAGUAUUGGAAUCCUCCUCUUCAUCGGCCUUAUAAUGCUGAGCUUUUGCAUUUAAGGAGAUCCAAAGGGCUUUUGAACUCGAGUAUUGCUGAAUCAUUCUUCAUAUUUCUCAUACAACAUGAUAUCUCUAUUCCCCCACCUUAUGAUGGCAAGGGUAAUCAUGUAGUUGAAACUCCUAUUAAUAAAAUCUUGUGUUGAACACCUCAUUCAAUGUGGUGGGAAAAUCUAAUUUAAUUUGGUUGUUAGACAUCUAUUCAUCUAUUUGAGAGAAAAAUAUGGUAUACCAUUCUCAUUGAUGAUGAUGAUGGAUAUUGAUAUACAAAUACAUUUAAGUUUUAGUAUAA